CAUCAUGCGCGUGCUGUACGUCGCUAUCGUCGCAGCGGUUUCGGCGCGCGCGCAGACCACGCGGCCCGCGAACCAUGCGACCACCCCGGCGAACAUCGCGGCCACACCGGCGGACACCGUGGCCACCCCGGCGGAUGGUUGCCGGUCCGGCGGUGCCGCCGAGUGCUCGGGCCGCGAGUCCCGCGGCAACCGUACGUACCGGCUCGACCCCUACGUGACCGCGACCGCGGUCGUAGCAGCCGGCAACCGUUCGAGCAGCAGCACCGGCGUAACGGACUCGUUGGACGUCCGCUACGGACCCGAAGCGGAGAUGGAUCGGCCCAUCGGGGAACGAGGCGUUUUCGAAGGUCGUAAGAAGUAUAAAUUCGGCAAAAAACACAAGAUGGGCAUGAUGAUGGCGGCCACUUCGAUGGGUAUGACCAUUAUCGGCGGUAUGUUCACGAAAAUGAUGAUGGGCGGCGUGUCGAUGAUAGCCAUAAAAGCCUUGAUCAUCGCCAAGAUCGCGUUGCUGCUGGCGUCCGUCUUGGCGAUCAAAAAGCUGACGCAGGGAUUCGGCGGCAGCAGCGUUGGCGUCGGAACAAUCGCGCAGCCGUCGUGGAGCUUCAACGGCGGCGGAGGAGGAUCAGGAGCAGGAAACGAGCACGUUUCGGGGUACCGCAAGAUUUCCGGCCGCCAUCUGGACGACGAGCGCAGUGUGUGGGCCGCGGCCAGCGAGUUGGCGUACAAAAAUCAACUGGACCGCAGCAGCGUACGGGUUCCGCAGUAGUCCGCGCGACAAUAAUCGGAAUGUAGUCGUCGAAAGCUGGGUCGUAGCUAAAAACGCGUCCGCGUUCAACAGUAAAUCGGUGGUGUACACAUAUUUUUUUCACAAAAAGUAUAUUUUUUUUUUCACUUAACGCGUUCGAUAAAAACAUGUGUACAAAAUCGAUUCUUUCAAGAUUUUAUUUCUACGGUGUAAUACGUUUCUGGGAUUGUAAAUACAUCAGUUUUAAUUAGAAUA